AUGGAAUAUUACGCGAUGGAUCGUAAGAAGGGUCUGGGUCCUAAUGCUUCUCGGCGUUGGGGUCGUCGCCUUGAACGUGAGAGCAAGCAUAACUUUGGGAACGUACCAGGCAAUGAAGAUGUUGGGGGUUGCAAUCCAGAGUACAAAUUCGCUGAAACAUAUUUCGAGGAUGAUGAAGUAGCACAAUGGCCACCUGAAGAGAUGCGAAAUCACACCGGUAACCUUGGAUCAUACCUUAGAGGGAAAGACGGUGGGCCUUACGGAUCAUAUAAAUCACUAGAAGGACAAUGGACUUUAAGGGACAUCCCCGUUACCAUCGUUUUUGAUCGCAUCCAAUCUGAUCCCUUCGCACCACCAUCCAACUGUCGUAUACGCAUGCCAAAAUCGAUACACAAUUUUCCAUCGGAUGUCAUUGUUCCCAAGCUGCGUAAUGUAGCUGCGUGUGAUGCUAUAACACGGAAGAUAUGUGCGGAAUUACAACGUUUAGAUAAGCAGGCUAGGUACGGAUUGAAUCGCAGUAAUUUCAUGGUAACCGCGCCAAGUCAAUACGUCCUUCCACGUAAAACUGUGGUUCUGACAGACGAACAUCUAGAAGUGAGACUAUUCGCACAUAUGCCAAGUCAUGGUAGACGGAUUAACGGUCGGGCUGCUGCACAAAUGUUCACUGAAAUCUUGCCUGAGCUAAUACGUACAGCCAUGGAUUUCACAUCGUAUAACCAAAAGUCGUUCUAUGCUCAUAUCCAUAGUGUAGAAGAUCAGGAAUUCUUACGAUCACAGCUGGAUAAUCUAGGCUUGGUUGCCUUUGUUGCGGAUGGAGCUAUUUUGCCAAGAGAGAGUGGUGUUAGUGAUAAACCCCUUCUGGGAAGCGAGGUACAACCAUUCGAAUCUCCAGAUAGUCUGUGUGUAUCUGUAACUCUACCCAACGGUGGUCGUAUCAGUGGUAUGGGAUUGCAACGUGGUGUAAGUUUAAUAGUUGGAGGUGGUUACCACGGUAAAACUACGUUACUCGAGGCACUGCAGGCUGGGUGUUACAACAAGAUACCAGGUGAUGGUCGUGAAUUUGUUGUGACAUCUCCAAAUGCGGUAAAGGUACGGGCAGAAGAUGGUCGCAGCGUUAGCAGCGUUGAUAUUUCAACGUUCAUUGGGAAGCUGCCUAGUGGCAAAGAUUGUACUUCGUUUAGUACAUCUGAUGCAUCAGGGUCUACAUCCCAGGCAGCUGUGAUAAUGGAGUCUAUAGAAAUGGGUUCUGAUCUCCUCCUUAUCGAUGAGGAUAUAUCUGCCACAAACUUCAUGUACCGAGACCAUAUGAUGGACGCAUUGGUAUCUACGGGUUCGGAGCCUAUAACUACAUUUCUGUUACUUGUACAAGCAUUUUACAAGAAAUUGGGUGUAUCCACUAUCCUGGUAUCAGGGUCAUGCGGGCUCUUCAUGGACCAGGCUGACACGGUAAUUCAGAUGAACCAGUACAAGUGUUAUGACAAAACUGAUGCGGCUCGAGAGGUGGUACGCAAUCACCAGGUCGAUUUGACUGAGCCUAUUCGAGCAGCGGUUGCUGGUAACGACCUUUUCGAAACACUUUCAGUGAACAAUCGAGUAGUUUCUCCAGGUAUGUGGUACAAUGGACAAGUGACCCUGCUCGCAGAUACGUUUAAGCGCCCACAACAAAAAGUGCGCCAACGUGGAAUGGGUUCUAUACAAUAUGGCACCGACAAUAUUGACUUGAGUCUUGUCGAACAGCUGGUUGAACCUGGUCAAACAAGUGCGAUUACUAACAUUCUCAUCCAACUAGAGACACUUUUCCGUGAGAAUCGUACUGCUGUCCACAAUAAGACCCUACGUGAACUAUUGGAGCUAUUCUACUGCAGGUGGAGCAGCGCUGACAUUGCUGUCGGCUAUAAUGGAUUAGAUGACAUUAACGGAUUUCGACCUUUUCCAGUGGGUGAUUGUUCCAUGCCUCGAAUUUUCGAGGUAGCUGCGGCGUUAAACCGUAUGCGUAAUUUGGCAGUUUCUGGAUUUAAGAAGCAGCGCUUCAAUCCGCAAGUUAAUAAUACCACGUCAUGA